AGCACCGCCGAACCCGAGGUCAAUAUGCGGCCAGGACCCGGGCUGGUCGUGAUGGCGCUUGCGUUUAUUUCGGGGGCUCGGCGUGGCAGCAGCAGCAGCAUCAGCUCAACGACGACGACGACGACGACGACGACGACAGCAUCCACAUCAAUAGGAACAACAUCAGCGGGAGCAGCGGGAGUAGGAGGAGGAGCAACAUCGGGAACUGGAGCAACUGCAGAAGGAGCAGGUGGAGGUGGAGUUGGAGCAAGAGGAGGUCACAGAGGUGGAGGAGAAGUUGGAACUGCGUUACCGUCCAGAGGCGAGUCGUCGUCAUUCAUUAGCAGCUCUGGCUCAUAUCUGCUGCCCAUCUUCCUGCCUCACCAUCUCGACUUGUACCGUCGGGCCAAGCCCCAGGCCAUCUACCAGCUGCCACCCACUUACCAGCACGCCCACGGCCACGGCCACAACCCCGACCCCGACCCCGACGAUCCGCGUGGUCGCACAGAGGCGCUCAGCGCGAGGCUAAAGCUUCGUCGGAGACGCGAGCGCAGCCUCAGUAGCGACAUUGUGGGCAGGGCGGGAGGGACGAGAAAGGGAGUGGUGACGGAAACGGAAACGGGAACUGGGUCCAGCAACGAGGAGGAAGAGGCCGAGCAGGAGCAGGAGCAGGAGGAGAGCGGCUUGCCGGUGCAGUAUUCAUCCUCACAAGCGUUAGACGAGGACGAGGACAUCUUUGCCCUUGUGGCCGAGGACGAUUUGCUGUCCGAAGAGUCCUUCGAUCGCUUGAUAAAGCUCAACGAGGACGUGGACGAGGAGGAUAAGCUCAACGAAGAGGAUUACAAUAUCCAGCAGCAGCAGCAGCAGCAGCAGCAGCAGCACGAGCCAGUCCAGGAAUUGGAGGCGGACAACGAGACAGAAGCGGAGACCGAAACAGAGACAGAGACGGAGACGGAGAAACAGCAGCAGGACGAGAGCAGCCUGAUUGAUGAGAGUGUCCUGCAGCCCAGCGACAACAUUAGCCCCAAGGAGUUUCCUUCCACCAACAGCCAGAGCAACAGCAACAGCAACAACAACAAUAACAAUAACAACAACAAGAGGGAAGCUACAGGCAACAUCCUUGAUGUCCAGGCGGCUCAGCUGAUUGGCCAAAAGGAUAACACGGCAUCAGCGGCAUCAGCGGCGGCCGGAGCAGCAGGCGGCGGGUCAGCAAGAUCCCUGCCAGACCCCGUGGAGCUGAAGAAGAGCAUACUCGGCACUGCGUCCUCAUUAACACGCCUUAAUCCUUGGAUAUCAGCCUGUGAUCUGGCACAGCCGGGCACAGGCACCGACUUGCAGGGUCAGUGCUCGGCUGGCACACUGCCCAUGGCCUGGGUCGAUGAGGGACCCGGGCCGCCAACGUGUACGCGUUCCUGCGCCGAACAGCAGCAGCCAUCACCACAGAAACGGACAGCAGUGGACAGCUCCAUGUCGAAGAGGAGCGUCAGCAGUAACAAUAAAUCCAAGUAUUUCGUAAACUAUAAGACAUCCCAGAUGCGCUUGGGCCACAGCAAUCGAGUCAUGUCACGUGUGCGCAGGGAGCGGGAACGCAGCGAAGGGGGCGAUCCGCCGGUCACGGACCAGCCCACUACCACAGAGGCUGACCAGGAGCAGGACCCGGAGCAGGGGCAGGAACUGGAGCUGGGGGAGAGUGCGACUGCAUCCUCCACCAUGGCCAGUCCCAGCAGCGAGGACGUGGAAGUGGAUGCGGCGGCGGAGGCAGCGCCAACGUUGUCCUACAGCCAUCUGCAUGCCCUGCCGCAGAUUCACCUCGACACAGCGAACCAGCAGCGGCCACAGCCGGAGCAGGGGCAGGCUGCCGGGCAAGAGGUGGAGGAACAACAGUGCCUUGAUUAUCUGGGCGAUGCCGCCGAAUGGAGUCCGCAGCAUUUGUGCGGCCUGGACUCGCCCGCGGAGCUACUGAAGCGUCUGCGGACGCUGCGCCUCCGGAACUGCUGCGAGCGGAGCGUGUUCAGCGCUCUGCACACACUGGCCCUCAACGCCACCCUCUCGGAUCGGGGCGAGUGCGUGCGCAUCCUCAGCGAUCUGCUGGAAGUGGACGCCCUGGCCAAUCGCAUCACCUGCGAGCUGGCCGAGAUCCUCUUCCGCUUCGACUGUCGGCAGGUCUACUCGCUGAUCAACCAGUGCGACGACUGCAAGGAAGCAUAUCGUCGCUGGGUGUGCAGCACACUAGUGCCAUAUUUUGCCGAGCCCAAGGACGUUGCUCCAGACGGGAGUGAGCAGAGCAGCAGCAGCAGCAGCAGCAGCAGCAAUGCGAAAAUCCCGGGCAAAAACAAACGUUCCGCGUGGAGUGCAACGUGGACUGAGGGAGGAGAAGCUGUAGCCGUGGAAGCUGGUGGAAGUGCUGCUGCUGUAGCUGCAAUCAAGAAUAAAUCUCUGAAAUUAAUCAGCAAUAACAAUAAAUCAAAUAACGGCAAUAACAUGAACGAGCGUCAGAUUAAUCAGAAGCCUGACAAGAGCUCGCAAGCGAAUCGGAACAAUGAGAACGGGAACGGGAACACGAAUGGGAAUCGGAAUGGGAAUGGGAAUCGGAAUGGGAAUGGGAAAGGGGACAAUGACCGCAAUGUGGAGGAAGCGAUUGGCAGAAGUCUGGCUCAGACAUUCUAUGAUGUCGUUGGCAUGUCUAGUCCCCACCAGAGCCAGGUGGCGGGAGUGAACGAUGGUGGCGAGGGGCCAGUUGGGGCCAUGGCUGAGGCUGAAACACAAUCCAAUAAUUUCAUAUCGACUGCCAAUAAUGCGGAUCCCAGAGCCUUGGAUCCAGUGAUAUCAAAACUUCAAAAGAGAUCAACACGCAAGGCAGAGUUUCGCAAGCGACGACGCAUUCGGCCCUGCCUGAGUGUCUGCCAAACUGUGGAACAAAAGUGCCCCUAUCUGCUGCCCGCCGAUCGCGCACCCGCGCUGCCCACCCAAUAUGCCGGCGAGCCGACAUUUCUCUGCCUAGAUCAAAAUAUACCCGAAACUGGGGAGCAGCUGAAGAAGUCCAGCUAUGGCCCCAAUGACUGCUGCUACAGCUACUGCAAUGGACCCGCGAGUGGAGUCUGCACCGUGUGCCAGGAGUUUGCACCGCCGCCGAGGGCAAGCCCGAACGAUGUGGCAGCAAAUUCCACCCGCCGUGUCCACAAUAUAACGCUCACGUUGAGCUCUCCCGCCGGCGAGCAUGCACGGGCCAAGAGCGUGGCUCUGGCCCUGAGGAACGUGACCAAGGAGCGUGACAGCGAACAGGAUGCCAUGGAGUCGCUGAUGGAUCGCCUGCCGUACUAUGCGCGCCUCGACAGCAUCUACUACUACGACGAGGACGGAGAGAUGCCCAAGGCGCCGCUUUCCGGCAACUGUGCGCCCGUGCCCGCCGUCACCACUCGCUGCACCUUUCCGUACUAUGCCUCGGGCACCGAGGCCGCGGCGCCGCCCACACAGCUGCUCGUCUGGCUGAGCGCUCUGCUGGGGCUGCUCAGCAGCUGUGGGGCCGCACGCCAGCGCUGGAGCUGCAGCUGGAUUGGCGGCUGUGGGCAGCGUGGCCGUGGUCGCCCGUGCGUCAACUGCGAGGCCAGCUGCCACGAACAGGAGCUAAUCAGCAGCAACAGCAACAGCAACAAAAUGUCCAACUGCCAAAGUUCAGUGUUCAUUGCCGUAGGCACCCUGCUGUCCAUUUUGGCGGCAGUGCAGGCGGCACCCGUUUCCACCACCACACAGGCAGAGAUGUAUCUCUCGCAGUUCGGCUAUCUGCCCGCCUCAGCUCGCAAUCCUGCCAACAGUGGACUCCAGGACAAGUCAACGUGGCUGAAUGCCAUACAGGAGUUUCAGAACUUUGCCGGCCUCAACAUUACCGGCGAGCUGGAUGAUGAGACCCUCAAGUUGAUGUCCCUGCCCCGUUGCGGAGUGAGGGAUCGUGUGGGCACCGGCGACAGUCGCUCGAAGCGUUAUGCGCUGCAGGGCAGUCGCUGGCGGGUCAAGAACCUCACCUACAAGGUGUCCAAGUACCCCAAGCGAUUGAAGCGCGUGGACGUCGAUGCUGAGAUUGGACGCGCCUUUGCCGUGUGGUCCGAGGACACCGAUCUAACCUUUACGAAGAAGACCACCGGCCCCGUGCACAUCGAAAUCAAGUUCGUGGAGAGCGAGCAUGGCGAUGGCGAUGCCUUCGAUGGACAGGGCGGGACCUUGGCGCACGCCUUCUUCCCCGUUUUCGGCGGAGACGCGCACUUCGACGACGCCGAGCUGUGGACCAUUGGCUCGCCACGCGGCACCAAUCUGUUCCAGGUGGCAGCCCAUGAGUUUGGCCACUCCCUCGGCCUGUCGCACUCCGACCAGAGCUCGGCUCUGAUGGCGCCCUUCUAUCGCGGCUUUGAGCCUGUCUUCAGGCUGGACGAUGACGACAAGGCGGCCAUCCAGUCGCUGUAUGGCAAGAAGACCAGCCAGCCGAAGCCCUCGAAUGCCUAUCCAGUGACCAGCACGCUGCGUCCCUCGUACACACCACCGAAGGUGCCGCUGGACGACAGCAUCUGCAAGGACUCCAAGAUCGAUACGCUCUUCAAUUCGGCACAGGGCGAGACGUACGCCUUCAAGGGCGACAAGUUCUACAAGCUGACCACGGACUCCGUGGAGGAGGGCUAUCCACAGCUCAUCUCGAAGGGCUGGCCGGGACUGCCGGGCAACAUCGAUGCGGCGUUCACGUACAAGAACGGAAAGACGUACUUCUUCAAGGGCACCCAGUACUGGCGCUUCCAGGGACGACAGAUGGAUGGUGUUUACCCCAAGGAGAUCAGCGAGGGAUUCACCGGGAUACCCGACCAUCUGGACGCGGCCAUGGUCUGGGGAGGCAAUGGCAAGAUCUACUUCUUCAAGGGCAGCAAGUUCUGGCGCUUCGAUCCCGCCAAGCGGCCGCCCGUCAAGGCCAGCUAUCCCAAGCCCAUUUCCAACUGGGAGGGUGUGCCCAACAAUCUGGAUGCGGCGCUCAAGUACACCAAUGGCUACACGUACUUCUUCAAGGGCGACAAGUACUAUCGAUUCCACGAUGCUCGCUUUGCGGUGGACACUGCCACGCCUGCCUUCCCCAGACCGACAGCACACUGGUGGUUCGGCUGCAAGAAUACGCCCUCGUCCACAGGUAAUAUUGUCGAGGGUUCGGACUCUGAGUACGAGCAGCACUCGAUGGUAUCGCAUGCCGAUGAUGGUAAUAGUGAUUUUGAUUUGGACGCAGCAGUUGGCGAUCAUCAGAGCAACGACGAGCCCAUCGAACCGGAAGUGGCCGAGAGGACGGGUUCCGGUGCCAUGUCCAUGUCGCAGCUGACAGGCAGCUCGGCGGUCAGCACUGUGAUCUCCACCAUUCUGUUGUGCUUCUUCUCCAAACUGAUUGUUAGCUAAAAGAGAGCCAGGCAGAGCAGGCAGCCAGAGACAUACAUACAUGCUUAGGAACAAAACUGAACUCAACUGAAAGCCGAAACAACUCGAGUAAAAUUUCUAAAAUUUUACCGCACGUUGCUUGAAAUUCAUAUGCGCAACAUCAUAUCAUAUCGAAUACAGUGAGAGGAAAAGCUUAAAAAUACCCCCAAGCAACACACACAAAUUUCAAAUCAAACAGAAGCGAUCCGAUCCGAUGCGAUGCGAUCAGCAUGUGAAGCAGGUGCCUUAUCAAAUAUAUCUUUGUUGUUGUGUAAAUAAAAUCAGCCUUAAAUAUAUAAUACAAAUAGUUGAUAACAUUCCGCAUUCGAAACGACAAAGCAAAGCAAAGCAAACCAAACCAAAACCAAUCCAAUCAGGAGUCAUGUCAUAGCAGAAAUUCUUAUUGUCUAGCGUCUACCCCGUUUUUGGUAAUGACAAAUUGCGAUAUUAAAUUUAACGAGCCAUAUGCCAGGAACUAGAUAGAAUGAAAAUCAAACGGAAAAACAA